AAGAGCCGGCUCUUUGAACCGACUCGUUCGUGACCGACACAUCCCUACUGCGUUGUGCUGCGGGACAAUAACAACAGACUGAACUUCACCAGUCUGUGGAUGCAGUCAGCUAAAGUCAACACAUCCUGAAGAAGUCUGAAUUCCUUCCAGGGAGAAGAUGGAUAAUAAUGUGUCAGAGUCUCUGCCAGAGCGGACCUUCCAGUACCAAAGCAGCCUGCCGUCCCUGCCUGUCCCGUCACUGGAGAUGAGCCUUUCGAAAUACCUGGAUUCAGUUCAUCCAUUUGCAUCUGAGGAAGAGUUUAAGGCUACAGUGGACAUUGUGAGGAAAUUUCAAGAGGGUGUUGGCAAAGAGCUGCACCUGAAACUACUGCAGAGAGCCAGGACAAAGAAGAACUGGCUGGAAGAAUGGUGGUUAGAUGCUGCGUAUCUGGAGGUCCGCAUCCCCUCUCAGCUGAAUGUGAACUUUGGUGGCCCGGCCCCCUACCUUGAGCACUGCUGGCCUCCUGAAGAGGGAACUUACCUGCAUAGGGCCAGUAUUGGCACAUGGCAUACACUACAGUACUGGAACCUGAUCCGCACGGAGAGGCUGCAUCCUCAGAAAGCCGGCAAAAUAGCGUUAGAUAUGGACCAGUUCAGAAUGCUGUUCUGCACCUGCAAAGUACCCGGAGUGAAGAAGGAUACCAUUCGUAACUACUUCAAGACAGAGAGUGAGGGUCCAUGUCCCUCCCAUUUGGUGGUGUUUUGUCGUGGACGGAUCUUCACAUUUGACGCAGUCUGUGAUGGACAAAUCCUUACUCCUCCAGAAAUACUCAGGCAGCUGAGCUAUGUGAAAGAGUGCUGUGAGGGAAAGCCAGAGGGAGAUGGAGUGGCUGUUCUCACCUCAGAGGAAAGGACUCGUUGGGCGCAGGCCAGGGAGCAUCUAAUAAACAUUGAUCCACACAAUAACACCAUCCUGGAGACCAUCCAGAGCAGCCUGUUCGUCUUAUCUCUGGAUGAAACAAAACCCUACUCCACUCCAGAGAACUACACAAAUGUGACCCUGGAAGCCCUUACAGGCAACCCCACCAUCCGCUGGGGUGACAAAUCGUACAAUUCACUCGUGUUCACAGAUGGCACCUUUGCAUCCACUUGUGAUCAUGCACCAUAUGAUGCCAUGGUACUAGUGUCUAUGUGUUGGUAUCUGGACCAGCAAAUCAAAGUUACAGAAGGCAAAUGGAAGGGCUCAGACGCAGUCAGACCCGUACCCCGUCCUGAGGAGCUGGUGUUUACUGUUGACGAGAAAGUCCAGAGUUACAUCAGCCACGCCAAACAGCAAUACCUUGAGUCGACACAGGACCUGCAGAUUGUGUGUUACGCCUUCACAGCGUUUGGAAAAGCAGCCAUCAAACAGAAGAAGUUGCACCCAGACACCUUUGUUCAACUAGCAAUGCAGCUGGCCUACCAGAAAAUGCACAAAAGGCCAGGAAGUUGUUAUGAGACAGCAAUGACUCGCAAGUUCUACCACGGCAGGACGGAGACGAUGCGAUCCUGCACCCAGGAGGCUGUGAACUGGUGUAAAGCCAUGAUGGACCCCAGGUGUGAUGUUGAUGCCAAGAGGAAAGCCAUGCUGCUAGCCUUCAAUAAACACAACAAACUGAUGGCUGAAGCUCAGGAAGGAAAAGGUUUUGACAGGCAUCUUCUUGGGCUGUAUCUUAUCGCCAAAGAGGAGGGACGUCCUACUCCAGAACUCUUCAUGGAUCCCCUCUAUGCAAAGAGUGGUGGUGGUGGUAGCUUUGUGCUGUCGUCCAGUCUGGUGGGCUACACUACGGUUCUGGGGGCCGUGGCUCCCAUGGUGCACCGUGGCUAUGGCUUUUUCUAUCGCAUCAGAGAUGACAGGAUUGUGGUCUCAAUCUCAGCGUGGAAAUCUUGCCGUGAGACAGAUGCUGCGUCACUUUUCAACAACUUCUGUAACUCGUUGCAUGAGAUGCUCCACCUGGCCACCACAUCUCAGCUAUAACUUUACAUUAAUGCACAUACAGUUCACAAACCCUCAGUUAACAGCCGACAGCUGGCGACAGUCCUGUUUGUUCUGAGCACAGAUCAAUGCAAAGGAACAGAAUCAUUGCAGCUAGGUAACUUUUUUUAGUGUAAAUUGUUCUUUUCUGAGUAGUGUAUAUAUUUUUCCUGAUUCUCUGAUUUUUAUGAUUAUGGUGUAAAUUCUAUUGAGUAUUUCAUUUUAAAUCCUGACAGUAUUAAUCCACAUUCAAAAUAAGAUGAUGCUAAGGCUCAAGAGACCUUUUUUAUGUUGCGUGUCCCCCAGUGGGUGAAUAUUUGACAAUGAAGGAAAUAACUCAUGAUGGUUUUGACUGUUGGCCUUAGAUUUUUCUGUGACAAUAAAAGGCAAUCCAAUUAAACCCAUAACAAAAAUAACUAUGAUACAAGUUAAAUAGAUUUGCCUUGUUUAAUGUUUGGAUUGGUGAAAAUCUACAGUAAUGCAGCAACAGUACUCAACUAUUAAAGUUGGACUGAAAGUGAAAUUCAUUUUUCCUUAGAAAUCACAAAAUAUCUUCAUGGUGUUUGUUUUGACUUUCGCCUUAUAUGAUCAAAAUUAUACUCAACAAAAAGAAGAAAUUAAAGUUUGACUGUGAUAGAGGACGGGCACUAAAAAUAGUCUGUAAUAUGCUUCAGUUCCAACAGCCACACAGGUAUUGGUUAGCUGUUAGCCGUUAGCGCUCGCUUCGUUACUCUGUGACUAUGUACGUAGAUUAUUUGAAUUACAGGGUAACAUACAUAGUGUUAAGGUCGCAGGACUACCUGUUACUGUGAGUUUUGUCAGUCUGGUCAUUUGCCAUCACUAUAUCUGGAAAGACGGCUAACGCUAGCUAUGCAGGGAGUAACGUUACUAACAUAUUUUGCUUGCUUCCACUUUCCAGAAAUAAAUGCUUCGAAUUUUAGUUUGACUUGAAACUUUUAGGGUUGCCUUUCAAUCCAUUGAGAUGCUGCAUAAUUGUUUUGUAUUACUUCAGAACAUCAGUGAAACUGUUGAUUUGCUGAUUGUUGCCUUACUUACUUGGUCGCUGCACCUUAUAGAGCCUGCACACUAGAUAGAUCAAAUAGAUAGACAGCUUUAUUGAUCCCCGUGGGGAAAUUCGAUUGCCACCAAGUAAAACAACAAAAACACAGUAUUUACAGUACACCAAAUAAAUAAAUAACAUCAUAAGAAGCCCUUUGAUACAUAAUCAACAGCUGAGAAGUACCAUGGAUCUAGGCCAAUCCAAAAAUGUUCAUUACAAAAUCUGACCGCUGCUAGAAAAAAAGACCUCGCUCACUGAAUGAACUUCUGAGUCCGUUAGAAACACCAUGUAAUGGAUGGCCUUCAAAAUGCAGAACUAACUAUGCAGCUUUCCUUUAUUUGUGUUCUCUGCUCUGUCUGUCAAGUUGGUAGAAUAUUCAUAUGAGUUUAUAUCAAGAUGACUGCUGUAAAACAUAAAUGAACCUUAAAAAUUGAGAUUUUUCACAUCACAUCUCCUCUGCAUCUAAUCUUUGUGAUCGAUGACAUUGACAAAAACCUUUGGAAAUGGCAAAAUGUGAAUAAGACUGUACUUCUUUUAAAUAUCCAAAAGAAAACAGCUUAAUAUUUAAAAUCUUAAAUAAAUUUUUACUAUUGCAAAAACGCUAAAUUUAUGUGAUUUUUGGAAAUGUAACAAAGUUGUACUGACAAAAUAAAGCUGAGAGAUUUCCAUCUG